GCUCAUUUAUAGCCUCGGUAGCUUUCAAUAUAUUAAACACACAAAUAUACGCAACAUUUUCUGUGGCUAUUAGGCCUAUCAUCAUCAUCAUUAGUGCAGUUUGUAUUUGUAUAUGUCAUAUACAUAGCAACACACAGUAGUCCGAAUAUUGACAAAAAAGAAAACAAAAAAGGAUUUAAAUUUUAAAAUUAAAUUAAAUAGUAAUAAAAUUAAAGCAAAACUAAUGAUAAAUAGCACAAACAAUUAGAAUAAAAUUGAAGCAGGACACAGAACAUAGAUUUAAAAAAAAACUCCACAAUAUUAUAUUACAACUAUAAGACUCCUGCAGGGGGUUAUGCUAUAUAGUUCCCUUUUAAACAUUUGUGUAUGAUUUCUGUGGUGCUCUUUCAGCAUGACAGCGGAUUGGCUGAGUGUGCGCACAUUUCAUUGCAGCUUGUCAACGCAUCUUUCUCAGUCACCACCGGAUGGGAGGAGAGGAGGAGGAUAGAUGUGUUAGAGUAGGUAGGGGAGAAAGAGAGGGGGAGGCAAGAAGGUGGAGGAACGGUUGGUUAAGAAAUAAAGGUGUAGCCUAAUCUACUGAGACACUCAAACGAGGGGCUCUUUCUCUAAAUGAUUUUCACGGCGGGCUUUGCCGUUUAUUCUAAGCAGAGCGAGUAGGGAAUCAUUCACUGUUCCUGACGCGUAAGGCUGUCCCUAUACGCCUUUGGGCAUCACCGCCGAUAAAGGAUGAUAGGCUUGAUUAUAUAGCGCAAAUUAAUAACAAAGUAUCCUUAGAAUCCACAGUGAAGAAAAAGGAGGAGGCAAACUAUGAUCCGAGGAUGAUUUCUGCUAGGAAAACUCCGGAGAAGAGUCGUUAUCCUAUCCACUAUUUGGUGUGGCACAACAAACACCGACAGCUGGAGAAAGAGCUGGCAACGAACGAGCAGACUGAUUUAGAGUCUCUGGACCCUCGUGGUAGGACUCCUCUCCACCUGGCUGUCACACUGGGCCACCUGGAAUGCGCAAGGGUCCUGCUGCAGCAUGGAGCUGACGUUAGCAAGGAGAACCGCAAUGGAUGGACCGUUCUUCAGGAGGCGGUGAGUACCAGAGAUCCGGAGUUGGUGCGUCUCGUGCUUCGUUACCGUGACUACCAGAGGACUGCCAAGAGACUGGCGGGCAUCCCCGUCCUGCUGGAGCGACUGCGCCAAGCCCAGGACUUCUAUGUUGAGAUGAAAUGGGAGUUUACCAGCUGGGUGCCCCUGGUGUCUCGAAUCUGCCCCAGCGACACCUACAGAGUUUGGAAGAGUGGUCAGUGUCUCCGUGUUGACACCACCCUGAUGGGCUUUGAACAGAUGACCUGGCAGAGAGGAAACCGGAGCUUCAUUUUCAGGGGACAAGACUCAAGCGCAGAAGUGAUGGAGGUUGACCAUGACAGGCAGCUGGUUUUCUGUGAGACCCUGUGCGUCUCGUCUCUCACAGCGCUGUCACCUGGCCGGAGGAAUGGGGGCGCUUGUAGCAGCACAGCCGCUGGUUUGGGUCUCCUGGGGGCGAUGCAGCCCAGCGACGAGCAGGUAGCAGCCAGGCUGUCUGCCCCUGUGGUGACCACUCAGCUGGACACCCGCAACAUCGCCUUUGAGAGGAAUAAGACAGGUAUCCUGGGCUGGAGAAGUGAGAAGACUGAAACAGUGAAUGGAUAUGAAGCCAAGGUGUAUGCAGCAUCCAACGUGGAGCUGAUCACCAGGACCAGAACUGACCAUCUGUCAGACCAGAACAAGAACAAGACAAAAGGUGGGAAGACUCCACUGCAGAACUUCCUUGGUAUCGCAGAGCAACACAUGGGGCCUAACAACGGGGCCCUGGUGACCCAGAUGUCGAGUCCUGCGGUGACCAACCCUGCAGCGCUGACGGCCGAAGAAUAUUUCAACCCCAGCUUGUCACCGACUCAGAGGGACAUCGGCCACCCGUGCCAGCUCACCACCAAGACCCAGAGGUUUAAAGCCAAGUUGUGGCUGUGUGAGUCCCAUCCUCUGUCCCUGGCAGAACAAGUGGUGCCUAUCAUCGAUCUCAUGGCGAUCUCAAACGCCCUGUUCGCCAAGCUGCGUGAUUUCAUCACUCUGCGCUUGCCGCCUGGCUUCCCUGUCAAGAUCGAGAUCCCUCUCUACCACAUCCUAAAUGCCAGGAUCACCUUCAGCAACCUGAACGGCUGUGAGGAGGGAACCGGCGUCCGCACCGACAACGACGUCGGGGUGGAGGGGGACGGACAGAGAGACACCCCAAGGACAGACACCCCGUCUCCGGGCAGCGACUCAUCCAGUGUCUCAAGCUCCAGCUCCACCAUGUCGUGUCGUGCUGGAGAGAUUCCCCCGUGUGUGUUUGAGCCCCCACCUGGAUACACCAUGCUUGGUGGCAAACAGAGAGACAGCAUGAGGGAGGAGGAGGAGGACCUGCUGCAGUUCGCCAUUCAGCAGAGCCUGCUGGAGGCCGGCUCCGAGUACGACCAGGUGACCAUCUGGGAGGCACUGACCAACAGCAAGCCAGGAACGCAUCCCCUGUCCUGUGACCCAAGUCGUCUCGAGAGGACCCCUCAGCACAAGCCACGCCCCCCCUCCAGCCUCUGCUCCACCCCUUCUAAGAAGCAGCCGACCACCUGCAGCUAUGAUGAGCAGCUGCGCAUCGCCAUGGAGAUCUCAGCCCGGGAGCAGGAGGAGGCUGAGCUGCGGCGACGGCAAGAGGAGGAGGAGCUACAGCGCAUCAUCCAGCUGUCACUCAUGGAGAAAUGAGAGCUGAGUGACCCAGUAGGGGGGGCGGGAAAGGGUCUGAAGGGAGGGGUCUGGACUAAGGACACAUGGGAGAAAAGGGCAGUACAGGCUACUUUAAAACUUUAAGCACACUCUGUAAGUGGCUGGAAAUAAUCAUCUGAGUGGUUUUCACACGAUCAAAUCGCCUCCUCUUUUCUCUCCCAGCGCCUUAGCCAGACCUCUCCCAUGAAGCCAUACAGUGAUGCGGCUGUCCAGGCCUCAGACGGCCAGAGAGGGACGCCAAGUUUCCUCUUUCUGGUGCCACAUGGUACUUUUCUUGACCAGUGCCAGUUUACAACCAACAAUACAUCUAAUACAAGAAGUUCAGAAUGCCUCCUUGGAUGAGUGAUUUCUGUCUGUUUGCAGGUGUGUGUGUGUGUGUGUGUGUGUGUGUGUUUCAAAACCAGCUCUCCGCGCAGGGGUCAUCACCUUCUGUCCUGUAAACGUAGUGUGUUAGGCCAACUCUCGCUCCAGCACUAACACACACGCUCACCGAGUCCAUUUGCCACUGAGUUGUGCUGGUUUUCAGUCUUAACUGUGAUUGUGUAGAUGGAGCAGUGACAAGUCAGAACCGCUUGGUGUGUGGAGAACACUGUGACCUUCCAUAAAGGUCGGUCAAGUUGAGUUGAAUGUCGACAAACCAUCUGACUUUCUCAGUUUUUAAUGGGAAUCGUUAAAAAAAAAAAACAGACUGGUAAAUUUCUUUUUUGAUUUGCACAAAAUCCAGAUGUACUGUACUUAGCUUGUGGGUGGAUCACAUAUAUGACUGUAAUGGAUGUAGAUGAUGAGUUUGAGCACAAAGUAAACUCAGGCCAGUGCUAGUUUCAGCCUGAGGUUAGACUUGCAGGAGCACAGAUAUGAUGACUAACUAUACUGUAUGUGACUGUGAAUGAGUUUGUCGCAGGCCUGUGUGUGUAAUCCAAACAAUAAAAGGGACAAUGCUUGUGGUUUGUGAGCAGAUUGUGGAGUAGAAACGUAACUGAAAGAGAUUUUCUGUAUAUUUGCAUCUUCUCACCUUACAUGAGCAGAUGAUUUCUGUGUUUCUGUGUAGUCACGGUACAGUGUGUGUGUGUACAAUAUUUCAGCAUGGUCUGCACCCGUGUGAGGUGUCGUUUUGUGUGACUCGAGUCCAGCCUGGAGACCUGCAAUAUCACACUGAAAAUGUACCCUGAAGGAGUCACUGCGGAGGCUGCUAUCAACAGCAGUGUUAGGUUUUAUUGCACCAGAGAGCAAAUUAGCUCCUCACCACAACAGGGAAACUAAACGUGUAAAAUCACCCCCCAAAAAAUUGGAUUGGAAAGAUUUUUCAAGUCCUAGCUCUCAUAAUUGUAAGUAAUUUAAUAUUGCAGGGCUCAAGGCUAGCCAAACACUGAGAAACAUGUUUUGUUGCAAGAGACAGGGGAGGAGAGGACCAGCUUGUUUUUUCUGUUUCUUUUUGUAUUAUUUCUUUGAAAGAAAUGUAAAACUUUCACACUACGAUAUCAGCACAAACCGAGGAGAAUCACCUCUCUCUCCUCUCUAAUUCAUAGUUAAGCUUGCCUGGUUGAUAAGAAAAAUACUCAUUUUUUUACUUUUUAAAAAAUGUUGCAGAAAAAGAGAUGUGGCAGGAUGUUUUCAUGGUGUAUGCUGGAAAGUGAAUUCAGAUAAUGAUUCAAAUAAAGAAACAUCUUUUGGAGCAGCAACAUACGAGUAGGUUAUUUUUUAAAUCCUGUUUCAAUUUGCAGACAGCUUUCACAUCUUGUAAAUCCCUUGACACCGCCCAAUCCACCAUCUCCCUGAGUUCUAGCUGUAGCUCUCCACUCAAAGUUAGUUUUCUGGUCCUCUCCAGUGAAGGACAGUGACAAAAGCAAUUAAUUUCUCACAAGAUAUGGAAAGCUGCAGCAUCAUUCGGCACCAUAGAGAGUGAGUUGGGUCUGUUUUUAGCAGCUUCCACCUCCAUCAUCCUCCGUGUGACAUGGAUUCCCAGCGCCUCAGCCAGAUCCAAGGGGGUUUUUGCCUGUAAGUUAUUUUUGGCUUGACAGGGAGGAAAAGGACAGCUUAGAGACUCUAAACCCUCUAAGAAAUACCACUCAGUGCACCAAGGCUGCUUUCAUGGUGGGUGAGAGAGAAUAGAGGAAAAAAAUGAAAUCAUUUUUUUAUGUGAAUCAGCAGUGUGCAGCCGCAACAUCUCCCCUUGCUCUGACUCAGCCCGACAUUAUGAAUAACAUCAGGACGGUGGAAGCGUUGGGCGUGUGAAGGGAAUCUGUAAAGAGCCACAGACAUAAAACCCGAUGUGUGUGUGAGAGACAGAGUCUGCUAGAAAGAGAAGCAGAGAGCAUCAGUAUGCAGAGAGGAAGGAUGCCAAUCUCAGUCGUCACACCCAGGGAGACAAACACUCGCUCUAACCCUCUCUCUUCUGCUCCACUGAUUUUAUUCCUCACUGUUUCAACUAUUUUCCUCUUCACAACAGAUCAAUUUGGGGCAUGAACUGCUUAAAAACAAACAAAAAAAAAGUACUUCAGCCCGUCUGCUCUGUCUGCUGAAGUGGAUUUAAUUGGUGAAAUCAUCAGGGGAUCUGAGCUUUCCUUUUAAUUCACAAGAAAAACACUCAAACACAGAAUAUUAGAAAAUAUGAAACUUGUGAGUUUGAUGUCUUUCUCUUAUUUUAACUUUCAGUCUGGUCAAAUCCUUUAAUGUCAUUCUUUCCCAGUCACCGCUGCUAUGUGAUUUGUGUGUGUGUGUCACAGCAGGGGCUCUGGUGGCCUACAUCUCCGUGUUUAAUUACCCACAUGAAACAGUAGGUAAAAUGUCAGCCUGAAAUAAGCUGCACUGAGCGCUGAUGGAGAUCAUUUCCCAGAGGAGACGGGAGAGGACUGACUUCUUCAAAGACACAGUCAUUUGUAGUUAAAAAUGACAAGUAGAAUGAAUUUCUUUUAACUCUAAGGUUAUGGGGUGAUCAGUGGUGACAUUUGACCACAAUGGAGCAUUUACAAUACUCUUAGAGAUUUACUUUUUACAAUAUAACUCCUGUAACUACACAUUUUCACUACAUUUUACCCAUUUUCCCACCUUCUCCUGUGCCCGUAGAGAUGUUUAAAACUGUAGUUCUCUGCCUGGC